AUGACAGCCCCUGGAGAAGAGCAGACAAACGGAAAUACCACCAAUGGAACAAACGCAAACUCACGCCAGAGACGGGCUUCAGAGUCUCAUCUGCCGUCGGCAAACCACACUGGCCCAGCAGGAGGCUACGAUGUCACUCCCAUGCCGCCUGCGCCGUCAGGAUGGACGCUCAAGUUCACCUUCCACCGCGCUGAGAACCUGCCCAUAGGCGACCUCAGCACCAUGGCCUCCGACCCUUACAUAAACGCCAUACUCGAGACCGGUCUGCCCACCCGCCAUCCAAAGCAGGAUCCUAUUUUCUCCUUCCGUACACCCACGGUGAGACGUACCAUAAACCCUGAAUGGAACUGCGAAUGGAUUGUCGCAAACGUACCCUCCUCUGGCUUCGAGUUGAAAUGUCGCAUCUACGACGAGGAUAUAGCCGAUAGCGAUGACCGGUUGGGAAGCGCCUACGUUGAAGUUAGGGAUACUAUUUCAGAGUCCUGGCCAGGUAUCAAACAGCAGGGUUUCAAGAUCAGGAAGCGCAUGGGCAGUCAGAGAGCUUACUUGCUACGAACCAUUGCCUCGACAUUCUCUAAGCAUGUCGAUAAUGAAGGAAUGCUGUACAUGAGCAUUGAGUGUCUGGGUAGAACGCCCGGUAAUGAAGGAGCUCAUCUGUACACAGUUGGACCAAACUACUGGACAAAGCAUUUCUCCCCGCUGAUCGGCAGGUUGGCAGGCACAAAAGACAAGGUCAAGAGCAAGGAUGGCAAACCGUCUGUUUCCCGGUACAACUUCCAAGCGGUGCAGAUACAGCUGACUGGACCUGUGCCGACACCAUUGUAUCACCGUUACGUUGAAUUCCGUCCCUUCGUGGCUGGCAUGUUCACUGCAAAGAGCCUCAGGGGCCGUUUGCUCAAUCACGCAUUGCACCAUCAGCACGAACGCAUUUACACAUACGAUCACAGCACUGUUUACGGCAUCUUCCCCGAGCCUUGCAUCGACCUGACAAAACUCUUCCUCGAAUUUGUCCAAUACGGCCAGGGCGGGCGUAUCUUCACCUACGUCAUUACUCUAGACGGUCAAUGGCGCUUUACAGAGACCGGCAAGGAGUUUGGAAUCGACCUGCUCAGCAAACAUACCAUGCACAGCGAUGUAUCAAUCUACAUCGCUUACUCCGGUGAAUUCUUCGUUCGCAAGAUCUCAGGCGAUAAAUCUUCUUCCCAUGAUCACCACCGACACCGUCGUUCUACCUCUGCCGAAACAGAAGCCUCGGAAUCUGAACAUGAACCAUCUACCGACCCGGCACAUUACGAACUCAUCAUUGACAACGACAGCGGUACUUACCGGCCCAACGGUAGACUCCUGCCUCUCUUACAAGAAUUUCUAACUCACAAUCUGCCCGGACUAAAGAUAUCCACCCUCGACUCUCAGGCUGAUGCCACACGUAUGGCCAAGCUCAAGGGCAAGCGGCGUGAGAUAAAGAACAAGUCUAGCCAUAGAAUGACGUACCUGCAAAAGAGCUCAUCUUCCCUCUCCCUCUCAUCUCUAUCAAGUUCGGAUGAAGAGGAUCUCAAUGAAAGAGAGAAUGGCAUAAACUUGAAUAACAACCCGACCAAGACUAAAGGGUUUAUGAAUGGUCUAAAGAAUCCUAAGGGCAGAUACAAACGAUGGCUGGAAGCAGACUACGAACAUACGACCGGUCGGAAAGAAGAACGGCCGUCGACUGCUCAUAAUUGA